UUCAACCAUUGACCCAUGUAAACAACAUGGCGGAAAACCCUGAUGAACAUCAUCACUAUCGUUCAGACCCAGAAAGAUUAGAACGCUUAUUCAAAGAGCUCGAUAAGAAUCAAGAUGGUAAAAUAGAUGUUCAUGAACUGGCCGAAGGKCUUCAAAAAUAUCAUGGCGCCAGAUACAGACCAGGACAGGCUCAGCAUAUUAUGACACUGGGAGAUCAGAAUUUAGAUGGACAUAUGUCAUUUGAAGAAUUUGUUAAAUAUGCAACCGACCAUGARAAAAAAUUAUGGCUUGUUUUUAAAAGCGUAGACUUAAAUAAUAGUGGGAGUGUAGAUGCUUCCGAACUGAAAGUAGCAUUCAAAGAAAUGGGUGUUAAGGUUACAGAGCAGGAAAUAGAUCUUUUAUUAAAAGGGAUGGAUAAAGAUAAAACAUUAAAAGUAAACUGGAAUGAAUGGCGUGAAUAUCAUUUAUUAAACCCCAGUGGACAUAGCAUUCAUGACAUUAUUCAAUUCUGGAGACAUGCAAUUUGUAUAGACAUAGGAGAGGAUAUGCUGAUUCCUGAUGAAUUCACAGAAGCAGAGAAAGUUUCAGGCAUGUGGUGGCGACAGCUUGUAGCAGGUGGAGGAGCUGGAGUCGUAUCAAGAACAGCAACAGCACCAUUGGAUAGACUCAAGGUCUUAUUGCAGGUUCAAGCAAGCGCAACAAACAGGUUUGGCAUUGUAUCUGGAUUCAAAAUGAUGUUACGAGAGGGUGGUAUUAAAUCGCUGUGGAGAGGAAAUGGUGCCAAUGUUAUUAAAAUUGCACCUGAGUCAGGCAUCAAGUUCUUUGCUUAUGAAAAGGCUAAAAAACUAGUGUGUUCAGAUGAAAAGAAUCUUGGUGUCCUAGAAAGGUUAUUGGCAGGUUCUAUGGCGGGUGUGGCAUCACAAACAAGCAUAUAUCCACUAGAGGUCCUUAAAACAAGGUUGGCMAUAAGAAAGACAGGACAGUACACSGGUCUUGUUAAUGCAGCAUCUGUCAUAUACCACAAAGAAGGRSUACGUAGCUUUUACAGAGGUCUUUUUCCAAGUUUGCUGGGUAUUAUUCCAUAUGCUGGCAUUGAUCUAGCAGUUUAUGAGACAUUAAAAAACUUCUAUCUUGGAUACCACAAAAAUGAAUCAGCAGAUCCUGGAGUGUUAGUAUUGUUAGCAUGUGGYACAGCCUCCAGUACWUGUGGACAACUUGCAAGCUAUCCUCUUUCAUUAGUAAGAACCAAGCUACAAGCACAAGCCCGUGAGCGUGGCAAAGGCARUGGAGAUAACAUGUUUACAUUGUUAAGUAGAAUAUUUCGAGAGGAUGGUGUUCGUGGUCUAUACCGGGGUCUUGCACCUAACUUUAUGAAAGUUGCUCCAGCAGUUAGCAUAAGCUACGUUGUUUAUGAACAUCUGAGAAUGGGACUUGGUGUGAUAUAACCUGUUCUUCAAAUUCAAAAGGAUUUUAUGGUGAGGGAAUUUUUUUGCACUCUGAAUCCACAACAAGAACAGAAUGGAUUCCUUUGAGCUGAAAAAUUUGAAGACAAGUGAAGAUAAAGUCAUUCUUGGGAAUGCUAUGUGGAAAAGAUGGUCAUGUCAGAAGCAUGAUGAGAAGACACUGGUACCAAAUCAAAUGAAUUCUAGAGAAUUUUGAGAAAGCUGAUUUAUCAAAAURCUUUUACUAAACAUGAAAUUGUAUUAUUUUUCAUAACAUUUUUA